AUGGGCAACCUCAGAGUCCUGACUGUCAUCAACCAGACACAGAAGGAGAAUCUGAGGAAGUUCUACAAGGGUAAGAAGUACAAGCCCCUGGAUCUGAGACCCAAGAAGACCAGAGCUCUGCGCCGCCGGCUCAACAAGCACGAAGAGAGUCUGCGCACCAAGAAACAGCAGAAGAAAGACCUCCUCUACUCCAUGCGCAAAUUUGCUGUCAAAGCCUAGUGGCUUUUUCUAUUGACUCAAUAAAAUUGAUGUAAAAAGAC